CAUGGUUUUUGCCCGUAGGAAGUGCCAGCGAAACUCCAGCUGACAGUCAUUCUUUCUUUCAGUGGGCGGAGCCAGUCUUCCUCAUUAGAAUAAGGUAAACAGGGUCAACCCAAUUAUAAAUGGAAAAAAAAUGUGUCCUCUGUCAUUGAGGGUUGCAGAGAGUGGCGACUGAUUGGAGAACAUAGGUGCAGCCAUCAGCAGUAUCAGAGCAUGAGUUCCAAGUCAACAUCCAUAGGGGUCAUCGGAGCUCCUUUCUCAAAGGGCCAGCCACGAGGAGGGGUAGAAGAAGGCCCUACAGUAUUGAGAAAGGCUGGCCUGCUUCAGAAACUUAAAGAACCAGAGUAUGAUGUAAAAGAUUAUGGGGACCUGCUCUUCGCUGAUGUCCCUAAUGAUACUCCCUUCCAACUUGUGAAGAAUCCAAGGUGUGUUGGAAAAGCGAAUGAGCAGUUGGCUGGUGUGGUGGCAGAAGUCAAGAAGAGUGGAAGGACCAGCCUGGUACUGGGCGGAGACCACAGUUUGGCGAUUGGAAGCAUCUCUGGCCAUGCCAGGGUGCGCCCAGACCUCUGUGUCAUUUGGGUGGAUGCUCACACCGAUAUAAACACUCCACUGACAACCACAACUGGGAACUUACAUGGACAACCUGUGUCCUUCCUCCUGAAGGAACUGAAGGGAAAGAUGCCUGAUGUACCAGGAUUCUCCUGGGUGACUCCCUGCCUAUCUGCCAAAGAUAUUGUAUAUAUUGGCCUGAGAGACGUGGACCCUGCAGAACACUACAUUUUGAAAACUCUCGGUAUUAAAUCCUUUUCAAUGACUGAAGUGGACAAGUUGGGAAUUGGCAAGGUGAUGGAAGAAGCACUCAGCUAUCUACUAGGAAGAAAGAAAAGGCCAAUUCAUCUGAGCUUUGAUGUUGACGGACUGGACCCAUCUUUCACACCAGCUACUGGGACACCAGUUCUGGGAGGUCUGUCUUACAGAGAAGGUCUCUAUAUUACAGAAGAAAUUUAUAAAACAGGACUACUCUCAGGAUUAGAUAUAAUGGAAGUGAACCCAUCCCUGGGGAAGACACCAGAAGAAGUAACUCGAACAGUGAACACAGCCGUGGCAAUAACCUUGGCUUGUUUUGGAGUUGCUCGGGAGGGUAAUCAUAAGCCUACUGAUUACCUUAACCCAGAUAAGUAAAUGUGGAAACAUGUAAAAAUUUCACAGUUAAUGAUAUAAUUAGCAAAUCUAAUUAUUUACUUAAGCUUAUAGUUAUCUUCCCAAAGAUUUGGUCUUUCAGAAAAAUGUUUUGCCUUAGUAAAUAUUGUUAUAAUUAGUAUAAACUACAACAGUUCCUUCUUGGUGUGAAAUUCAAGAUUUGGAAAUUCUACCUUUUUUGAAAACUUCUAUUUCCCAUUUUGAUAAAAGACUUCUGAGAAGCAGAAGUAUAAUUUCCAAAUAAAAAUUUGCUGGUAUUAAAAAUAAACACAUGCCUACAUAAGCUCCCACACAGAGUGGGACUCCUGAUAUCAGGAGAUAAAGCUACGCCACCUGAUAAGGGACCAUGUUUCCAUGUUGUUCAAAAGAUGUGACUUUUAUAAUAAAUUCUUUAUAAGA